GACUCUUCCAGUCGUGUGGUCUUGACAAGGCCGAGAGAGUACGAUUUGCCAUGCACGACGACGCAGCAUCCGUUUCAAUCCAGACACCUCCCAAGCAAGACGUGAGGGCGAUCAACGGUCCCUUCCAGAAACACUGCUGCCUGGCGAUGGCUAUGGCCGUCACAACCGACGAGUUCGACAGACAUGCGGUCUUAGCCGUGGAUCACCUGACGCCGAGCAUCUGGGCACAGCUGCUGGCUGCAGUCGUCCGGAUUUCUGCUCGAGGCAACACCUUAAGUGUUGCCGUCUUGCACACUCUGCCAAAAGAUUGCCAAACUCCACCAAAAGGAGCUGAGCUGUGCUUCACUCCGAAGUUUGCAAGCUGCAGCCGGCACCGAUUCUCGGAGUGUCACCCGGUCAUUCCGAUCACGCUUUUCUGUUUCAGAACUUCCAGCGCCAGCGGCAAGGCCGACGGAGCGCUGGACACCCCCUACACCGUGCCGCUCCAAGCUUGA